GAAGACUGGGAGUGAGAGGGUAGGUAGAGCAGUAGGGCGCCAUCAUCAUGCCAAUCGUGAAGAACUGCUGCUGCUGCGGUCUUCGGACUGGGUGCAUAGUGGUCGGGAUCUUCUCAAUGGUGACGUCACUCGCGUGGGCAGCAUGGGGCGGCUACAACCUGUACGAAUCAGGAAUAUUACAAUCGGAAACAUUUGAAGACGUCGCCCCGUUUUACUACGGUUAUGCCGUCGGUGUGGGGCUGUGGGUAUUCUUAUGUCUAUCGUCGUUUCUAAUGGUGGCGGGAGUUUGUUGUGAUCGUCGUGGACUGCUGAUUCCAUACAUAGUGGCGGGGGUUCUUGCUAUCCUGGUUCAUUGCUCUCUGUGUGCUCUCUAUCUGUAUAUCAUGAUCUUGGUGUUUGAGGAUGGUUACGUGCACGACGUGUUCAACCUCGUAGCCCUCUCCCUCUCGGGGAUAUUUAUUGUACUCGAUUCCUUGAGUCUCCUGUGUGUGAUCUCUCGCUACCAAGAACUCCGUUACGGCGAAGAUGCGCGGCUUGUCAGACAGGAGAGUGUUUUCCCAGUGCAAGGCCCGGCUAUCGGCAUGUCAGUCUCCCAAUCAAGACGCUACUAGCGACUGUUUUAUUACUGUACAGCUAUGGUAAUUUUAUGUCCUUAAAAGUGCCGAAUGGGACUAGAGUAAAUUGUAACAGCUUUAUAACAUUCUUUCAAAUAUGAAAAAUCAUGGCAAAUUACGUCCGUAUUACAUCUGUCUUAUGUUUAAAUUAAGUUUGAAAGAUUUAAUAUUUUAUACAUGGAAUGUGUACAUAGGUCUUAAAUCAGAUACAGCAUUGUCAAUAAAACGAAUGAUUUUUGAUAUGUAUAGAUA